AUGCCGCGCCCUGCUCCCAAGCGAAAUCGAUCAUCCAAGGCUAAGCCUGCUGUUGCGCCUGAAAAAGUAGAAGAUUCUCACCAGUCCCCAGAGCGCGAGCCCACGUUGGAUCCUCGACAUACCCUUCGCAGUCAAACCCCUCUAGGUACCAGCUAUGACCAAGCCAUUGAAUCUUCACCAACCGGCGAUCGGCUGGGUACCGAAAGUCGCCCUGGUACCGGCAGUCGGCCCCCGACCAGAUCUCGAGGCUACUCCUCGACGCUAUCAUUUGCAGGCCGAAAGGGUGACAUGAGUUCGCGUAUCCCUGGUACUCCCGGGUUUGAAAGCUCGGUCUUGAGUAAUUUCCGUCGACGACCCCGGCAACAGAGCAUUUUGCAGAUGAUGCAAGCUGAAGAUGGUUCGUCCGAUCUCGAUGAUGAAGACUUUCUGGGAGGAUUGAGCCCUCAGGAUGAGUCUACACCGUUGAAUCUGACGCGGGGCAAAUCACUCGGUGACCAAUCUCCAUCGCCUUCGGAGUCACUACCCUCAUCAGGCGGAUCGCGCAAGCGCAAGCGUGAGGAUAUACAAGUGCUCCAAUCGUCCAUAGAAGAGGCCCCGGAGGUUGUCCAGGAUUCUCCCAGCGUUACACCAGUUCCUCGUGAACGACCAACUCGUGCAUCAGAAGAGACACCGCAACCUAUACCGUUCCCAGAAGUUUUCAGUCAGACCAUGGCAUUACCCGCCAGUAGCAGUCCACCUCCACCGGAGAGCACUCAAUGUUCCGUCGCAACAGCCCGCUCGCCAGCCGUCCCCCACCAGAGCUCUAAAAGCAUAAAGCUUAGAGACUCGGCUCAGCUUGCCACGGCAACUUUAAGAGAUAGGCUGCUGCCCCGUCGACGACAGCCUCGCCGCAAGCCUCGAGCUGUGGGCGACUCGGAACUCCCCAGUGACGGCGAGAGCGACGAUGGGAUGCACGCCGUAGCUUCGGGUGAUGAGGAUGAGUUGAGCUAUCUGCCAUCUAAGAUAAUUACAAGCGCCCCUUCGACUGAAACCCGGCCCCUUACCACCAAUCUAGGUCAAUCCAAUCAAAAACCAAAAAAAACCAAGGCCAAACCGACUCCUGCACCUAAGCCAUCCGAGCCACAGGAGCCAAUCAGAGAUAUGGAUAAGGAGAAUGAACUGCUCCUCUCUUCGCCAUCAUCAUCACCCUUGUCCUCUCCACCCGAUUCAGACGCAAGCGAUUCCGAAACCGAGACGGUGUCUGGCCAUUAUCUGAGUGCUGAGUUGCGAGCCGCCGCGAAGAAGUUUGCCGAGGUUGAUCAGUGGGAAAUGGAAUUUGAAGAGAUAUCUGCGUCUGAAACUCAAGGUAGUCCAGGUCGAUGA